CCCACUCGCCUUAACUACUUCUGUCAAUCACUCGGAACUGGACAGUGAGAGUAUCAGAUCACCAGAGAACCUAUAAGCACAAUGGAAGAAACAACCGGCAGAUCAACCAAGAAAAAAGUUGUAGUGGUGGGCGGUGGUUUGGUUGGAGCACUGAAUGCCUGCUUCUUUGCCAAAAGAGGCUUUGAUGUGGAAGUCUUUGAAACUCGGGAAGAUAUCCGGAUAGCCAAAGUUGUGAAGGGAAGAAGCAUCAACCUGGCAUUGUCUCACAGGGGCCGGCAAGCAUUGAAGCAUGUUGGAAUGGAGGAGAAGAUUGUCUCCAAGGGGAUCCCCAUGCAUGCAAGAAUGAUCCAUUCCCUGAGUGGGAAACAGUCCCCGAUCCCUUAUGGCAGGAAAGGCCAGUUCAUCCUGUCAGUAGACCGAGCCAAUCUGAACAAAGAGCUGCUAACAGCGGCAGAGAUAUAUCCAAACACAAGGUUGAACUUUGAUCACAAACUGCAGGAUUGGAGUGCUGAAACAGGGCUAAUGACCUUUGCCAGGUCAGAUGGGUCCAAUGAGCAGAUCAAGGCAGACCUGAUCGUAGGCUGUGAUGGAGCUUUCUCUGCCAUCCGGAAGCAAUUCCUUCGGCGCAGCCGCUUCAACUACAGCCAGACCUACAUCCCCCACGGCUACAUGGAGCUCACCAUGCCACCCAUCAACGGAGAGUUCGCCAUGAAGCCUAAUUAUCUGCACAUCUGGCCACGAAACACAUUCAUGAUGAUCGCCCUGCCCAACUUGGACAAGACAUUUACCUGUACCCUCUUCAUGCCCUUUGAAGAGUUUGAAAAGAUCACCACAGGAGAUGAAGUCAUUGAGUUUUUUCAGAAAUACUUCCCCGACACCAUACCACUAAUAGGAGUCGAUGCUCUGAAAACGGAUUAUUUCCGAUUGCCUGCGCAGGCCAUGGUGUCUAUCAAGUGCUCCCCAUAUCACAUUGGAGACAAAUGUGUCCUUAUGGGCGACGCAGCCCACGCCGUGGUGCCGUUCUAUGGGCAGGGGAUGAACGCUGGCUUUGAGGACUGCCUAGUCUUUGAAGAAAUAAUGGAUCAGCUCAAUGAGGAUUUCAGUACUGUACUGCCUGAGUAUACCAGAGUGCGAGUUCCAGACGACCAUGCGAUUGCAGACCUGGCCAUGUACAACUACGUUGAAAUGCGAGCCCAUGUCAACUCCAAAUGGUUCCUUUUUAGAAAACGUGUUGAUAACAUCCUCCACUUCCUCAUGCCAAAGACAAUAACUCCACUUUACACAAUGGUCACUUUUACUAGGACGAGGUACCAUGAAGCCGUGGACAGCUGGCAUUGGCAGAACAAAGUGGUAAACCGUGGCCUGCUGUUGAGUGCUACAGGAGCGGUUUUGGGAGGCUCCUACCUGCUCAUUAAAAAUCCACCGGAUAUCAACAAGCUCAUGGUCCCUGCUGAGAAGAUGUGGGACAGGCUUGUGGCCCUCUGGACUCCCUGAGGACUCUGAUCUGACACACAAGGAUCCACAUGUUAACUGACACAAUUACCAGGCAAAUUAAUGAGCAUAAUAAUUGUCCUGAUCUAUACUGGCCAUAUUGAUUGAUAAUACAAUUUUAUAACAUUCCACCAGUGUUUAGCUAUUUCUGCUUUGAGCCUAACAUAUUUGAUUAUUUUCAUGCUAUCCAUAUCAUUUUAUGCACAAUUUUCAAUGUGAAAACAAAAAAUGUCAGUAUUAAUCUCA